CUGAAUGUGUCCACCAGUCCGACAUCAGCCGCAGAAACUGGCAUAGACGGAAGCGAUGGGAGCAGUCUCGUCGCCUCACCAGAUGGCACCGCGGACGACUAUAGUCGAUCCACACCGCUAACGAAUGGCACCGCUAGUCACUUGUACAGUCCCGAAGCGUGGCUGGACAGUGCCGGAAAACUGACAGCUUCACCAGCACAAUCACCGGCGCGACUCUACUGGUGUGAGUUGCGUGAUCGACAUUUGUGGGUCUACUCCGCCGCGGGGAUGGACUUACGUCGUACGGACAAUUUAACCAAAAUCUCCGAAUUGGAUAUAACGGUACGUGUCAAGUCUGCCCAACUUGAUUGA